AUGGAGUGGUUUGCCGUUGGUACUGGUCUUAGUUGCUCCAUAACGGCUCGUAGUGAUUGUGCACCAACAAAAGGAAGUGCGAAAACUAGUCCGAUAUUAACACCAACAACUGCCAGUACAAUUUUUAACGCUUCAGUUAGUGGCAACACAAACAGCAUCAGUAGUGGGAGUACAACUGGAAUAAGUGGAAGCAUUAGUACAGCGUUAGAUACUUUUACAGAUAGGCAAUAUCUCGUAAUAACAAGUGUUAAACAAACAAAAGUUUUUGAUGUUAUGAACCAAUGCUGCAUUUAUCGAAUUCAAUUACAAGAAAUGGGUAUAGCUGUUAAAGCAGAAACUAUUGCAAUGAAGGAUGGAACUUGCUUAGCAACAUAUCUUUCUAAUGGUCAUUUAAUGGUUCAUAGUCUUCCUAGUUUGAAGCUUUUGCUGGAUAUAGAUUUUUUAUCUUUAACAGAACUAAG